AUGGCUGACGCUCCCAACUUUUACGUUGCAAGGUUCUCCGUAAAACAAUACAAUCUAGCUCGGAAUUCAUUUAAUUCUAAUAAGAAAAAUGAUGAUUCCUUGCAAACUUCCGAUGAACCUUACGAUAAUUCAGUACAUGAUGAUGAUACAUUAUCCGAUUCGACCAUCCAAGACGAAUCGAUGAAUAUGGAAAUAGAAAAUUCUUAUCUCUCACAGUUAAAGGAUGAUAAAAUCCAUUCUUCAAGUGAGAAUGACAACGAAUUAAAGGAGAUAAAGGUAGAAAUCGAUAAUGAUAACAAAAAUAACAAAGGUUAUGAAAAAGACAUCAAUGAUCCCACAGGCGAAGGCAAUCGUGACAACAAAUACGUGGGCUCCAUGAAACAAAACGCAGCCAAACGAACACGAAGUUCUUCACUUAAGAAAUCUCCAGUAAUUAUGCGUGAUAAAAAGACCAAUUCAAGGAAAAUUUCCAAUAAAAAAACUAGUAACGACGCUAACAAAAAAAAGAAAGGUGAAAUCAUUAAAGAAAAAUUGAAUUAUGCUUCGCUCGAAGAAAGCGAUGACGAAACCGAAAGCGAUGAUAGCGAAUACUAUGAGUCCACGACUAGAAAUUGGAGCGCGAACGAUAAACCCUACGAAUGUAAAUAUCCGGGAUGUAACAAAAAAUACUCAUAUUUAAACAGCUUGUUAACACACAAGAGAAUACAUGAAAGCAACAAUCCUUACGUGUGCUUAGAACCAGGUUGUGGAAAGAAGUUUGCACGGUCAGGUCAUUUGACAACACAUCAGAAAGUCCAUACUAACGAGAAACCUUACGUGUGCAAUGAAUCGGGAUGCGACAGGAGUUUUAAAGUUUAUAACAGCUUAUUUUAUCAUAAGAGAUUGCAUAGAGGUGAAAGCCCUUAUAUAUGCGAUAUACAGGAUUGUGGCAAAAAAUACACUAGUCGUGGUAGCUUGUUAGCUCAUAAGAGGAAACACUCCCAAAAUUUGAUUUAG